UAUAAGUGACAUUCAGUGGUAUAAAUGCUGCUAGCAAGGGAGAGAGAGAAGCAUCGAAUACCAAGUUUGAAGUUGGCAGAUACUAGUUUUUGUUUCCACCAUUGGUACAAAAUGUAUGCCAUAUUGGGCUCCAUAAUGAUUUUGGUGAUGACUUCGUCAAUACAGGCCCAAUUAAAAACUGGGUUUUAUUCUACUUCUUGUCCAAAUGCUGAGGCCAUUGUACGGUCCACUGUUGUAUCCUACUUCAACAAGGAUCCAACCAUUGCUCCUGGCCUUCUCAGGCUUCAUUUCCAUGAUUGCUUUGUUCAGGGUUGCGAUGCUUCAAUUUUGAUUGCAGAUUCUUCUGCAGAGAAGAGUGCAUUGCCAAACCUCGGUCUAAGAGGUUUUGAGGUGAUUGAUGAUGCAAAAUCAAAGAUAGAGACCAUAUGUCCUGGAGUUGUCUCAUGUGCUGACAUCUUAGCAUUAGCAGCUCGUGAUGCUGUUGAUUUGAGUGAUGGCCCAAGUUGGCCAGUACCCACAGGAAGAAGAGAUGGGAGGGUUUCUUUAUCAUCUCAAGCCUCAACAAACUUGCCUUCUCCGCUCGACCCAAUUUCAGUCCAAAGACAAAAAUUUGUUGCCAAAGGUCUAGAUGAUCAUGACCUUGUGACAUUAGUUGGUGCACAUACUAUAGGCCAAACAGAUUGCAGGUUCUUCAGUUAUCGUCUAUACAAUUUUACCACCUCUGGCAAUGCUGAUCCCACUAUAAAUGUAGCAUUCUUAGCUCAACUUCAAGCACUUUGUCCAAAAGGUGGAGAUGGCUUGAGAAGGGUGGCUUUGGACAAAGAUAGUCCAGCCAAAUUUGAUGUUAGUUUCUUCAAGAAUGUACGAGAUGGUAAUGGAGUUCUGGAGUCAGAUCAGAGGUUGUGGGAAGAUUCUGUUACACAAAAUGUGCUGCAAAAUUAUGCUGGGAAUGUUAAAGGGUUGUUGGGAUUAAGGUUUGAUUUUGAAUUUCCAAAGGCCAUGAUUAAGUUGAGUAGUAUAGAGGUGAAAACUGGUAUUGAUGGAGAAAUUAGAAAAGUGUGUUCAAAAUUUAAUUGAAGCAUGUAAUAGAGCCGUAAAUGACAUACUUAACUUAAAUACUACUUGUUGUACCAUUAGUAUGAAAAAAUAAAAACAAAUAAAUUUGUCUAUAACAGAGAAAAGGAAAACUGACUCGUCGUCGCCUGAGAAAUUCGAACUCUCGCGGGGAAAUCCCAUGUACUUAGCAGGCACACGCCUUAACCACUCGGCCAA